AAUUUGGUGGAGCGGUCGGCGCUGUGACAUCAGCCUGUCGGGCGUCUCGGGAGUAAGCUUGUUUGAGGUCGUCGAAGUUCGAGCGGACAUUGACUUCGAAUUCAUCGCGCCGCGCGCUGCAUCCAUCCAUCCCAUCCACUGCCAUCCACGCCCUACGCACGUCCAAACCGCGUCUCGGGCUGACCUUCCACCAUGGCGUCGGCACAACAGGCGCAAGCCAAAGUCGAGGAGACGGCACAAGCUGUGCAGACGGCGAGCUCGUCCUUUCUCGACCGCGUGAGCGCGUGGUAUCAGGACAACAAGGUCGCCGCCUGGACCAUCGCCGGUGUCACCGUCGUUGCCGUCGGCGGUACCGUCUACUACCUCUCGCUUCCUCCUCCACAGCAGAAAUCCAAGAAGGAUCGACGAAAAGGGAAGAAGGCCGAUAAGGGAGCUGCGGAGGCAGAGAAGGCGGCGGCAGACGUCAGGGCAUCAGCUUCGAAGGCGGCGCCAAAGGCAGCAGCAGCCGAGGAGGUUCCUGAGGAGCUGCCCACAGUGACCGAGGAGUCGGUCGCCUCGCUUUCAGAGCAGGAGCGCAAGGACUAUGCCGCGAAGCUCAAGGCAGCUGGCAAUAAAGCCUACGGCGCGAAGGACUACGAGCGUGCCAUCGAUCUGUACACCCAAGCCAUCUACUGCAAAGCCGACCCUGUCUUCUACUCGAACCGCGCCGCCUGCUACAACGCCAAGUCGAACUGGUCUAAAGUCAUCGAGGACACCACUGCCGCAUUGAACCUGGACGCUGAAUAUGUGAAAGCCUUGAAUCGAAGAGCAAACGCCUACGAGCAAGAGGGCAAAUACAGCGAGGCACUUCUGGACUACACCGCAAGCUGCAUUAUCGAUCAAUUUCGCAACGAAUCUUCUGCUCAAGCUGUUGAACGUCUACUGAAGAAGGUCGCCGAGACGAAAGCCAAGGCUAUUCUCACAGAGAAGGAUAAGACACUGCCAUCGCCCACUUUCGUCUCCAACUACUUGCAGUCAUUCCGCGCAAAGGGUCUUCCCGAAGGACUGGAAGAGACCGCCGACCUUCCCGAGGGCAGCGGAAAAUGGCACCUUCGCAAGGGUCUCCAGGCCGUCCGCCACAGAAACUCGGAAGGCUACAGAGAAGCGGCAGACGCAUUCGACAAGGCGAUCGAAGUUGGUGACUUGGGUCCUCACGAGGCUGAGGCUUACAACAUGCGUGGAACUUUCCGCUACCUGCGUGGCGAUAACGAUGCUGCUCUAGAGGACCUGAACAAAUCGAUCGAACUGGACCCGACUCUCGUGCAGAGCUACGUAAAGCGCGCCAGCAUGCAUCUCGAGCAAAGUAAGUUGAGCGGAGCUGCCGGUGUUGAUACCACGAUGCUGAGAAUCUCAGGCGCACGCGAAGCUGCUGCCAACGAUUUCGAAACCGCUGCGCAACACAACCCCAACGAUCCGGACAUCUACUAUCACCGCGCGCAACUCCACUUCAUCCUCUCUGAAUUCAGCCUCGCCGCGACCGACUACCAAAAAUCGAUCGAUUUGGACAAGAACUUCAUUUUCUCACAUAUUCAACUCGGUGUCACGCAGUACAAGAUGGGUUCGAUCGCCAGUAGUAUGGCGACUUUCCGACGCUGCAUUAAGAACUUUGGUGAUAAGAGCGAUGUCUACAACUAUUACGGCGAGUUGCUUUUGGAUCAGCAAAAAUACCAGGAAGCAGUGGAGAAGUUCGAAACUGCUGUUGAGAUGGAGAAGAAGGCGGUCGGUGAGACUGGUGGCAUGAACGUGUUGCCUUUGAUCAACAAGGCAUUGGCGCUGUUCCAGUGGAAGCAGGACUUCACUGCAGCGGAGCAGCUGUGCGAGAAGGCGCUUUUGAUCGAUCCCGAAUGCGACAUCGCCGUUGCGACCAUGGCACAGCUCCUCCUGCAACAAGGCAAAGUCACAGACGCCCUCGAGUACUUCGAACGCGCCGCCAAGCUCUCACGAACAGAAGGCGAGAUUGUCAACGCCCUUUCAUACGCCGAAGCGACACGGACGCAGCUCGAAGUGCAAGAGAAGUACCCACAACUGGCUGCCAAGCUGCAGAGCAUGAGCGCAAUGGGUGGCGCAGGCAUGCGAUAAGGAGGUUGAGGAGGAAUGCGACAAAGGACAGAACGAGUUUCAUGUGGAUGUUUCUAUGUAUGCGAGGAAAGAAGAGGCGGCGAAGAGAGCCUGUGCAUCUUCAUCACUCGGCGUUGAGCGCACGGCAGACAGUUCUGCGAACAAAAACCUUCCGCACCUGUAUUUUAGUUUUGUGUGCAAAGCGCGAUAUACUUGGUGUAAUACCUUGCCACUCUCAGCCAAUCUCUCAGUUUUGGCACAGUUUGUGUGAGGAUGGAACGCAGGUAAUGG